AUGUCAUCAUCGCGUUCCGAUCACAGAAUAUGUCUUCAAAUUAAUAAAACACAUUCAAUAUGCUAUGUUGACAACAGCAGACGACGAUGUGAUCCAUCACAUCAAACAUAUGUCAGUAUCAGUAGUCAUGCUGAACUUGUUCAAGAUAAAGCCAAGGCUAAAGAAUUAGGGCAGUCGUAUUUGAAAGCUUGGUUUCCACAAGAACUUGAUGAUCCUAAUUUAGGUUUACUCAAAGUAACCAUUGAAGGCGCUGAAUAUUGGGAUUCAGCAUCAUUACUUAUGGUUCGAGCUGUUGGUUAUGUUAAAGCUGCACUUGGUAAUCCAUCAACACUCGAAGGUGAAAAUAAAAAAGUCGAUUUUUCAUGA